AUGCAAGCAAGUUCCUUUGCCAAGGAUUUGAUGGAGCCUGAACAAGCAGUGGACCUGACAUUGCCCAAGGUUGAAGCAAUGAAUAAAAGACUGGGUUCCCUGGUGGAUGAAUUUAAGGAGCUUGUUUACCCACCAGAUUACAAUCCUGAAGGGAAAGUUACCAAGAGAAAACACGAUAAUGAAGGUUCUGGAAGCAAAAGGCCCAAGGUGGAGUAUUCAGAAGAAGAGCUGAAGACCCACAUCAGCAAGGGCACACUGGGCAAGUUCACUGUGCCCAUGCUGAAAGAGGCUUGCCGGGCAUACGGGCUGAAGAGUGGGCUGAAGAAGCAGGAGCUGCUGGAAGCCCUCACCAAGCACUUCCAGGACUGACCAGAGGCCGCGCACCCAGCCGUCCUUCCACAGUGUGGCCAGGCUGCCUGGCCUUGUUCUCAGCCAGUCAAAAUGUGUUUCUCCUGAGCUAGAAAGAGUCUACCCGACAGAAGUCGAGGGACUUUAUGUUUUUGAGGGUUUCUGUUGCCAUGGUGAUGGUGUAGCCCUCCCACUUUGCUGUUCCUUACUUUACUGCCUGAAUAAAGAGUCCUAAGUUUGUACU